UGAGAGCGAAAAUUGAGAUGGAGAGCGCAUGACUUCACCGAGGAUUGAAAGGAUUAUGUACUAGAUGAGAGUACCUUUCCUUCGCUCCUCAUUUCCCGCCAUUACAUCUCUGACAAGACCAAUGUCAAACGGAGUCCUCCUACCUCUAUUGAAACGGUGUGUUUCCACAAAGCCAUUGCAACAAAUCCACACCCAGAUGCUCAUCAACUCCCUCGACCACGUAUCGAACUUCCUACUCUCUAAACUCAUUCAUCUCAAGGACUUCAACUACGCCUCCCUUCUCUUCUCUCACUUACCCCAACCCAACGACUACGCUUUCAACAUCAUCAUCCGUGGCUUCACAACUACAUGGCAUAAAUACCAUCUCACCUUGAAAUCCUAUUACCAGAUGAAGUUUUUCGGCUUGAAGCCCGAUAACUUCACCUACCCAUUUGUCUUCAUUGCUUGUGCCAAUCUUUUGGCUUUGGAUCAUGGGCGGGUGGCCCAUUCCAUGGUUUUCAAGAAUGGCUUGAACGCCCAUGGCCACGUGAGUCAUUCGUUGAUCACCAUGUACGCGAGGUGUCGUGAGUUGGGUUAUGCACGGAAAGUGUUCGAUGAAAUUCGUGAGAGAGAUUUGGUGUCGUGGAAUUCGAUUAUAGCAGGGUACUCGAAGAUGGGUUUUGCGGUGGAUGCGGCGGCCAUGUUUGGGAAAAUGAGGGAUGAAGGGUUUGAGCCGAAUGAGAUGACUAUAGUGAGUGUUCUUGGCGCUUAUGGCGAUUUGGGGGAUUUGAGUUUGGGAAGGUGGGUUGAAGGGUUUGUUGUAAACAGUGACAUGAAGGUGAACUCAUAUAUUGGGUCUGCGUUAAUUGCCAUGUAUUCUAAAUGUGGGGAUUUGUUGUCGGCAAGGAGGAUCUUUGACCGUAUGAUCAAUAAAGAUGUGGUCACCUGGAAUGCUAUGAUUACUGGGUAUGCACAAAAUGGAGUGUCAGAUGAAGCAAUGUUGUUAUUCAAUUCGAUGAAAGUUGCUGGGGUUCACCCAGAUAAGAUCACACUUGUUGGAAUGCUCUCUGCUUCAGCGUCUAUAGGAGCUCUUGACUUUGGAAAGUCCAUUGACGCAUAUGCUUCAGAAAGAGGAUUUCAACGUGACAUCUAUGUUGGUACUGCCUUAGUUGAUAUGUAUGCGAAGUGUGGGAGCAUGGGCGACGCACUUCGAGUUUUUGAGGGAAUGCCCCAGAAAAAUGAAGUCACUUGGAAUGCCAUGAUCUCUGCACUUGCUUUUCAUGGACGAGCCCAAGAGGCCUUAUUGCUGUUUAAGUGCAUGUCAGAGGAGCAUGUAGCUUCCUGUCCAAACGAUAUCACAUUUGUUGCAGUACUUUCUGCAUGUGUGCAUGCUGGGUUUGUUGACGAGGGACACCAGUUGUUUAACAUGAUGAAAUCCUAUUAUGGGUUGGUCCCAAAAAUUGAGCAUUACUCUUGCAUGGUUGAUCUUUUGGCACGUGCAGGACAGGUGUAUGAAGCAUGGGAUUUUGUAGAGAAGAUGCCUGAAAAACCAGAUGAGGUCAUCUUAGGUGCAUUGCUUGGUGCCUGUCAAAAACUGAAAAAUGUGCACAUAGGUGAGAAGGUUAUGCAGCUUCUUGUUGAAAUGGAACCUUCAAACUCUGGAAACUAUGUUAUCUCAUCGCAGAUAUAUGCAAAUUUGAGAAGGUGGGAUGAUUCGGCGAGGAUGAGAGUGCUAAUGAGACAGAAAGGUGUCACCAAAACUCCUGGUUGUAGUUGGAUUGAGACAGAUGCUCAAGUUCAUGAAUUUCUUUCUGGGUCCUCUUUUCACCUAUAUUCGGAAAAGAUUCAUGACGUAAUGGAGUUGCUAUACGACGACAUGAAAAUGAGUGGUUACAGGCCGAAUGUUAAUCUGUUGUAGGGAAGCAAGGUCUGAGAAACUCAAUAUGAUUGUAAACCAUCAACUUCCAAAGAACAAGCUUGAAGAUAUUGCAUCUCAUAAGUUUCAGGAACCUCCAUCUGGAGGUGAUGAAUCCACUCUAGAACCUCGAUUUAAGAGCAAGAAUCUAGUUGGAACAUUGCUCUAUAGGGUAAUUUUGAUGGUGCCUCAUUGUCUCUACUCUCUACAUGGAAAAAAUCUUGUGUUGUUGCUGUAAUUAGAAAAGCAGUAGCAGUCCUAGAUGCUAUGAUUCUGAUGGAAUGACUUCUAUGGUUUACAGAAGCCAAGAGUGCUAAUGCAGCUGCUUUAGGUUCUAAAGAAAGAUACACAGUUGUCCCUGAAUCUGUAAGUGUUAAUUUUUCGAACUCCUUGGAGGUUUCUCACCACUCUUGCGAAUGAUCUUGGAGCCUUCUUAAGCCUUCAUCCCUUCUGGUAGAUUUUGUAACACACUUUAAGGGAGCAGAUUAACCUAUCAAGGGAAUAAGGGAAAAAACCUGCAAUGCAGAAGAUGAAAUGGCAGAAUAGGAGAUUUUGGAUACACUCUUUGGUUUUAUUCACCUUUCCGGCAUCAGAUGCAGCAAAAAUGGGACCCAAUGGCUUUGAUAGUCCUCGUGAGCAUCGUAACUCAAAGUAUUUGGUUACAGGAGAAUAAGUCAACGAUGAAUGUGGUAAGUGAACAUAUACAUUGUCGUGGUGAACAAUAUCUUGUGUUUGUCUUCGUUCUGCUUCUGCGGCCAAGGCCAACGGAUGAACCAUACCACUGCACCUGAUGCCAUCCCACCUGGAGUAUAUUGACUUCGUGAGGGAGUGCUUCUGCUGCUUUUACAAAUACUGCAUUUUUGCCAAUCAUCUCAUGGGAGCUGCUUACUAGUGGUCCUUGACUUCGUGAUGAAACCACCUAUUAUUACUUGGUGGGGAGAGGGCACAAUUUACAAGCCUUAAUUUAGCUAGGAAUCUUGGGUAAAUUCCAAGGAUUGGAAAGUCAAUUGGCUUUUAAUUUGGGAAGAAGCCCUUGAUGAGCACAUGCUCUUAUUACUGUUCAAAGUGAUUGAAGGUUUCUCUUUGCCCAAGAUUGGAUCCAGUGAGUUAACUCUUUUAAGAGGAUGACAAUUUCGAAAACCAAAUGUUCCAAUAUUUGAACUAUGUUACGUCAGAAGUAGGUACAGGCCAAAGCUAAGGAAAACAUCCUUGUAUGCUUUCCUCACAAUAGUAUUUCAGAAGGGAGGAAAUAAAAAUGUGGUUGGCGCCCUGGGGUUUUAGAUACUUAUAUUCUGCAGUGUGCUAGAUUUUGCUGUUCAUAUUGAACUCUCUCUCUCUCUCUCUCUCUCUCUCUCUCCCUAACAUAACAGAGUUCAGAGGCAUAAUUUACAAACACCUGCACACUGAUGUAUGUGUACAGCUUGUUUAAAUGGAUUUAAAUCUUGGGCGUCAAUAAUAGUUUCUUUGGUCAUUCGAACCAUUUACUUCCAGAGGCAGUUCUUCGGGAUACUCUCGUUUAACAGCCGAGUAAAAUUGUCCAGGUACACUGAUGCUCAUUUUUUCAGUUUCUCUCUAAGUUUUAAUCGUAUACAAUAGUCUCUGCAUUCUAGAUUCUAGCAAGAUUCAUCUCUGAAAGUCACCCUGGCACUGUCCAAUUCAUGGAAAGAACCUUAAAAGGUCUUGCACCAUUUGUGUGAAACCGUGACUUUGUUAGUCCAAAUGAAAAUCUAUUAUUCUAAAAGCUACAUCUUAGAACCAUGUCUUUGUCAUCCCUCGUUGUUAUGCAAACUC